AUGUUUGAUCUUCAAGUUCAAAUUACUGAAUUACAUAAGGAAUGUGCUAAACUUCAGAAAGAGUUGGAUAAUACGAAUGCCAAACUAUGUUCUAGUAUGAAUAGUAUUAAAACAUUUUGGAGUCCAGAAUUAAAGAAAGAAAGAACUAUCAGGAAAGAUGAAACAGCCAGAUAUGUUUUAUUAAAUGAACAAUAUCGUGUUGCACAAGCUGAACUUCAGGUGGGUCAUUUUAUUAUUUUUAUCAUACUUAAGGCUAUAAUUGAACUACUUAAAAAAGUUGAGUCUAGUAAAAGUAACGAUGUAGAUGCGUUACCUGCUCUUCAUAUUUCUAGUCAGGAUCUAGAUACAAUAGGUCAAGACAAAUCUGAUCAAGAAUCAAAAGAAAUUUUAAUCCUUCGUAAGACUGUUGAUGAAAUGGAAUUAAGGAUAGAAACUCAGAAACAAACUUUAGCUGCUCGUGAUGAGAGUAUUAAGAAAUUAUUAGAAAUGUUACAAAGUAAGGGAUUGUCUGUGAAAAACUUUGAUGAAGACAGACAAGAAGUGGAGAGUUUAAGAUCCAAAAUGGUGGAAGAAAGUUUACGGGUGAAACAACUUGAGAAUUUAUUACAAGAAAAAGAUAAAGAAAUCCUUAAAUUAAAAGAGAGCCCUCAGAAUGCCAGUGAUAGUGGUGUCAGUCUAGCCUCUAAUGAUAAUACUCAUACUAUGCAAGCUAUUAUAGAAGCUAAGCUAGAGAAGGUGAGGAAUAAAUUAAGUGUAAAAGAAACAGAGUUAGAAGGUUUAAGAUUAAAAGUAGAGACCUCACAGAGACAACAAGCAGAGAAAGAACAAUAUGUCACUGUAUUAAAAGAACAGAUAUCAGCUAAAGAACUCCAUUCUUCCAUGUUACAAGCUGAUGUAAGAUAA